AUGCUGAAUGAAGAAAAGCUAGGGGAGGAAAAUGACUUGGAUAAAUUCAAUAAUGAUGUUAAUGAAGAUAUUAUAAAAGAUGAUGUUAAUAAAAGUAAGGAAAAGAAAAAAAAAAAAAAAGUUCAAUUUUCGGAUAACAAUGAAACGAUAUAUUAUGAGAAGGAUGAAAGUGAAAAUAGUUAUUUUAAUUUUACUUUAAACAAUUUUAAUUAUUUUGAAUGUUUUUAUAAUGAUAUAUAUGGUGAUCAUUUCAAUGAUCAAAUUAUAAGAAAUAAUCAAUAUAAUGAAAAUAAUGGUGAUGAAGAAGAUGAUGAUGGAGAAGAUGAUGAUGGAGAAGAUGACGAUGGAGAAGAUGACGAUGGAGAAGAUGACGAUGGAGAAGAUGACGAUGGAGUAGAUGGUGAUGAUGAUGACGACCAGAAUAAUAAGGGUGAAAAUAUCGAAAAUAAUAUUAAUGAUGAAGGUAAUAAAUCAGAAGAAAUAAACCAUACAAAUAAUAAUUGUAAUAAUAAUAAAAAUACCAUAUUGAAUGGAAUUAACAAUAUAAAUAAUAAUAAUAAUACAACUAAUUUAAAAAAGAAAAAGAAGAAAAAAAAAAAAAAUAUAGACAAUUGUAUAUAUAAUAACGAACAAGCUUCAAAAAAUAUCGUGUCAUUAAAAAAAAGUGGUAAUAAUAACAAUAAUAUUGAUGAUUUAAAAAGUGGGAAAAAAAAUUGCUUAUUAUCUAAUAUUUUCAUAUCACAUGAUGAAAAUAACAACUUAAAAAAAAAAAAAAAAAAUUUAGGAAACAUAACAAAUGACAAUUUUAAAAGGGAAAAAUUUCAUCAAUCGUUUAAUGAAGAUUCUUCUUUCGAAAUUCAUAAUAUACACACAGCAAUAUUAAAUGCUGAAGAAAGGACUAUACAUUAUAGUAAAGAUUAUUUUGGUUAUGACAUUGAACCAUUUAAUAUGAAGAAUGAAUUGACACAAGGAUAUAUAGAUAAAGAUGGUAAUUAUAUUUAUAAUGAAUCCGAUAAUGAUGAAGUUGAAGAAGCCUGGUUAAAAUCUGUGGAUGAACAAGAUCCUCUUUCAACAUUUUCGAAUAAUACAUUACAAGCUCAAAAAUUCCAAGAAACACAAUCCAAAUUUCAUAUGUCAUAUGAUAAAUUAAAUAAUAAUAUAUUAUCUAUUAAUAUAUUUGAUGCUUUAUAUUCAUUAUCAUGUUUAUUAAUAGAUGAAAAAGAAACACCUAUUAAAGCUAUGAUCAGAUAUAAAAAUGAUUUAAAAGUUUGUAAAAAUUAUCUUAACGAAUAUCAAAUCAAGAUAGAUAAAAUUAAUUCCCUCUCUAUAAAUCCAAAUGCUGAACAAAACAUUCAGUCCACAAAAGAGAAUGAGCAAAAUGGGAAAACUCUCCAAACAGAUUCUGUAGGUAAGAGAAAUUUAGUGCAGGUCCGUAUUAGGAGUAAAUCGUCAAUCCAUCAUGACGAAGAAGGGAACGAAGAAGAAAGCCUUAAUGUGGUAGAACAAAAUGAAGAUGAUGGGAUAGAAAAAAAUGAUAAUGAUGUUAUAAAACAAAAUGAUAACGAUGUGAUAGAAAAAAAUGAUAAUGAUGUUAUAAAACAAAAUGAUAAUGAUGUGAUAGAACAAAAUGAUAAUGGUGUGAUAGAACAAAAUGAUAAUGGUGUGAUAGAACAAAAUGAUAAUGGUGUUAUAAAACAAAAUGAUAAUGAUGUUAUAAAACAAAAUGAUAAUGAUGUUAUAAAACAAAAUGAUAAUGAUGUUAUAAAACAAAAUAAUAAUGAUGUGAUAGAACAAAAUAACAAUGAUGCGGUAGAACAAAAUAACAAUGAUGCGGUAGAACAAAAUAACCAUGAUGCGGUAGAACAAAAUAAUAAUAAUAUGGUGGAACAAAAUAAUAGUGAUGUAAAAGUUGCAGAAAAUAAUUUGAUAGACCCCCCCGGGGACAAACAACAUAUAACGAUAAACAAUUCAGAAGAGGAAUCAAUAGGUAAUAAUAAAAAAUCAGAGAAGCAGAAGAAUUACAAUCUGGAUAAUAAUGAUGAAAAAAAAAAUAUUGUAUAUAAUGAGAGGUUACAAGAAUUAGAGAACUUACAACAAAUGUAUCAAAAGAUUACUCUUGAUUAUAAAACUAUAGAAAGACGGUUCAAUAACCUAAUAGAUUUAACACAAAAGUUAACAAAUGAAUAUAAAAAUGUGUACUUUUUAACAAAACGCGAAUUCGAAACAUUAUGUAAGAAACUUGAAGAAUAUAAAGAAAACGUAGACAUACAUUGGGAAUUAAAAUGGAUGAAUGGUGUUGAUAAUAAUGUAUAUGGUCCUUAUAAUUAUUAUGAUAUAUAUAAUUUUAUAACAACUGGAAUCGUAACUGUUCUAAAUCCUAUACUUCUAAGAAGAAUAAAUAAUAAAAAUGAAGUAUUAGAAAAUAUAUGGCAAAUGUAUGAUGCUGUUAAUUAUUUUAUAUUUGUUACUAAUGAUAAUAUUAAAAAGAAGAGAAAGCAUGAUGGUCUAAUUAGUAAAAACAAGGACCAAGAUUCUGAUAACAAGCAAGAAGAUAAUGAAAAUAAUAAAAACAAUGAUGAUGAUAAUGAUGAUGAUGAUGAUGACGAUGAUGAUGAUGAUGAUGAUGAUGAUGACGAUGACGAGAAUGAUUAUGAUUUGAUCAAUAAAAAAAAAAAGAAAAAAGGAUUAAUACAAAUAUCGAAAAAAAAAAAAAAAAAAAAAAAAGAACAUUAUGAAGAAAAUCAUAUUUUUAAUGAUGAUAAUAAUAACCAAGGCCAUUCUUCGAACAAUGAAGAACAUAGUGAUAAUGAGGACUAUUAUGAUAAUGGAUAUGAAUUUUAA